AUGGACAAGCUGCUGCUUUGGGUCUCUGCCCUGGCCAACCUCCUGGGAGUCUUUGCUCACACGGACCUCAGUGGGAAGGUGUUUGUGUUCCCUCGAGAAUCUUCUAUUGCCUGUGUGACCUUGACCCCAAAGCUGGAGGACCCUCUGAAGAACUCCACCUUGUGCUUCUGAGCCUAAGGUGACCUGCUCCGUACCCACAGCCUCUCCUACAGCCCGGGCAAGGACAGUGGGCUCCUGGUCUUCAAGGACAAAGUUGGGAGUUACUCCCUGUACAUCGGAAGAACCAAAGCCACCUUCAAAGUGACCGAGACGGCCCCCAGCCCCGUGCACAUCUGUACCAGCUGGGAGCCCUCCACUGGCAUCACCGAGUUUUGGGUCAAUGGGAAGCCGCUGGUGAAAAAGGGUCUGAAGCAGGGUUACACGGUAGGAGAUCACCCCAAGAUGGUCCUGGAUGCCUACGGACGGGGGUUUCAGAAGGCCCAGUCCUUGGUGGGGGAGAUCGGGGACUCUGUGCCGUCCCCAGAGCAGAUCCUACUGGUGCAACAGAGCUCCCACCUGAAUCCCAACAUCCUGGGCUGGUGUGUGCUGGCCGAUGAGCUGAAAGGGCACGUCGUCAUCAAGCCCCUGGUGUGGAGCUGA